AACCAUAACGGGCAUACUUCAUUAGACCAUACCUUUACAAGGCUUAACGUAAACAUCUAAAUGUUAUACUGAAUGUAAGCGACAAUGGCUACUGUACUGCAUUGGGGAGAUAUUUUAGUGAUUCUUGGAUAUUUUCUGGCGGUUAUAUUAGUUGGACUGUGGUCAUCAUGCAGAAAUCGAGGCAGUGUAGAAGGUUACUUUUUGGCCGGAAGAAGCAUGCAUUGGAUCCCUGUCGGAGCUUCGCUGUUCGCAAGCAACAUAGGCAGUGGCCAUUUCGUGGGUUUGGCGGGAUCCGGUGCGUCUAACGGUAUUGGGAUAGCCGUGUUCGAGUUGAACGCCAUCUUCAUCCUGAUGCUGCUGGGAUGGCUGUUCGUUCCAGUCUACAUCGCAUCUGGGGUGUUCACAAUGCCGGAAUACCUCAAGUUGCGGUUUGGCGGUCAGCGGAUCCGGAUCUACCUGGCCGGCCUGGCGCUCAUCCUGUACGUCUUCACCAAGAUAUCCGCGGACUUAUACUCGGGCGCACUCUUCAUGACGGAGGCGGUGACCAUGAACCUCUACCUUGCCGUCAUCAUCCUGCUUGUCGUGUCCGCCGUCUUUACUAUCGGAGGUGGUCUGACGGCUGUGAUCUGGACUGACUUCGCCCAGGUCGUCAUCAUGGUGGCAGGAGCAUUCGUCCUCAUGAUCAUGAGUUUCAUCGAGAUCGGCGGCUACGAGGUGACGGUGAAGAAGUACUUUGAGGCGUGGCCGAACACCACGCGGCUCAACUACGGCUCCACGAACUACUCAUACUGGAAGUGCGGCAUCCCGCCGGCGAACUCCAUGAACCUCAUCCGCAGUGCCGACGACGGCAGUCUGCCCUGGCCCGGCAUUAUGUUCGGACUGACCAUCUCGUCCAUUUGGUACUGGUGCUCCGAUCAGGUGAUUGUACAGCGCACCCUGGCGGCAAAAGACAUGCACCAUGCCAAGGCGUCCACGAUAUUCGCCGGGUACCUGAAGUUCCUGCCCCUCUGGCUGCUCGUGUUUCCGGGAAUGAUCUCCAGGAUAAUGUUCCCAGACGAGGUGGGGUGCGCAGACCCGGACGUGUGCGAGAAGGUCUGUAACAGCCGGAAGGGCUGCACCAACAUCGCCUUCCCGCGACUCGUGCUCAAGGUCAUGCCCACCGGUCUCAAAGGUCUGAUCCUGGCGGUAAUGAUGUCGGCUCUCAUCUCAUCUCUGACGUCAGUGUUCAACAGCAGCAGCACCAUCUUCACCAUGGACAUUUGGCGUCGUAUACGCAAGCACGCCACAGACAUCGAGCUCAUGAUCGUCGGCAGGGUGUGCGUGUUGGUGAUGGUGGUGGUCUCCGUGGUGUGGAUCCCCAUCGUGCAGAACUUCGGCGAGCUGUUCCACUACAUUCAGGCGAUCACGAGCUUCUUGGCGCCGCCCAUUUGUGCGGUUUACCUGCUCGCCAUCUUCUGGAAACGUACUAACGAGCCGGGCGCUUUCUGGGGUCUAAUGGUCGGCCUAGUGACGGGGUUGGUGCGGUUCGCCUGGGAGUAUUCGUACAGCGUGCCGCCUUGCGGGGAGGAGGCUAAAGACACCAGGCCCAGCAUCAUCAAAGACGUCCACUACCUGCACUUCGGCUGUAUUCUAUUCGGCAUCUGCGUCAUCGUCACCGUGGUGAUCAGUCUGCUUACUAAGCCUAUCGAUGAUAUACACAUGCCGCGCCUGACGUUCUGGAGCCGGUUCAGCAAGGAGCACAGAGAGGACAUCACGGUGGACGAGUUGCAGGCGACCACGGGCGGCCCGCAAAUCUGCGGAUCCGAUGGCGACUACGCCAGUCAGCCGUGGUACAACAAAGCCGGUCAGUGGAUCUGCGGUAUCGAGAAGCACGAUGCCCCCGUGCUGACACCGGAAGAGAAGGAGGCCAUCAAGCGCAAACAGGAGUCCAUACACGAGACCAGGUGGUGGAAGAUCUUCCUGAACGUUAACGCUAUCUUUCUUAUGACACUGGCAGUGUUCUUAUGGGGAUUCUAUGCGUAGUGGCUCACAUCUGGUUCCAUGUGUGUGGACUGUAUACAGUAAUGGUUGUGAUAUAACUAUAAUAUAAGACAGAUUGAAAUCAAUUGGUCAAAUCUUGCACGCUUUCUGAGAGAUUGGGAACUUUUGUCCUAGUACAUUGGGUAACAACGAUUUUUUUUGUUCAGCAUGUUGUUAUCGUAGUUGGUACGAGAGGGUGUUUGGUGUUAUAAGAAGCGGCCAUAUGUGGAUUUGUAGUUAAGUACUUAGUUGCGUUAAUUAUGAAACAUGUAAACAUGUGUUCGUAAGUGUUACAUUAAAUCAUAUUUGUACACACUGUACAUUCCAUGCAUACGGAUACUAGUAUUUUGUUGAGUGUUUUUUCCUGCAAAGUCUUUAAUACACAAAUGCCCAUGUAUUUGAGCAUAAAUUGUCAUUUUUGAGAAUUCGUCUUAUUCACGUCCUCAGGUUGUUAGAUGUAUUGUAAAAGUAAGACUUGCGAAACUCGUUUGUGUUUCUGUUAUCGCACAAUAAUAUGGUUAAUCAGCUUUAAACGAAGAAACAAAAUGUAACACUAGCAAUAAGCAAUGCCUCUUUAAAACGACAGAUUCCAGUAUACAUUCGAUGUGCAUGUAAUAGAUUUUUAGUAUGGAUAUACAUUGUGUUCAUGUUGACGAUAUACAUUCACUUUUUCUUGUUUUCAAUCAAACUACUCCGCAAUGUCUUUUGGUCGGAAAUGUCAUAUGUGUUCCCACACAUGAUUAUGUAUUUCACAUGGGAUCAUUGGAUACGGUUUUGGAUCAAAAUUUCGAUAGGGGGCUUAUGGUUGAUUUAGCACUCGAGAUAUGUGUUGGUAUAUGGGCAAGUUUGUUUACGAAUACUGCGUAUCGGGUCCGUAAUUACUAACGCGACGAGAUAAAGAUCGCGGUGGUGUAGUGGAUAUGGUGUCCGCAUAGCGAUUGGGAGGUCACAGGUUUGAUACCCACUGUGGGAGCGUUGUUAAGAUUUUCUCAAUCGACACCAAGUACUGGUUCUAGUCCCAGGAAACGGACUCGAGAGCGUUUCAAAUCAGCCUUAGGUUUUAUAUACAAACAUGCUAAUAAAAUAGGUAUAGACUAAAUGCACAAGUCUUAGAAUUAAUGAAUAUUCCUUUAACUGCGAUGUUUCAAAGUUCUUAAAAGUUAUGUCUAUAAUUUUUUUCAUUAUUGUUCAUCAAUGUAUUAAUAAGAUAAGCACCAUUUUUUGCAUGUAGAUAUUCAAACUCUUAAGUAUGUUGUUAGUCUAGGAAUAGAUUGGUGAAUACGGACCAAUGAUUUGAAAAGGGAUGUUUUGUUGGUAAAGCGCCAAAAGGAAAUAUAUUUUAUUUCUAUUUGAAGAUUUGCAUUUAAGUUAAUACAAAGCUAUGUCAGAUUAGUAUAAGCAAACAAAGGUUUGGUUAAUGCACAGUGUUACACAUUUUUUAAACAAAAACUAGUUUGUUCUACUCUGCAGUAAAUUCUGUUUCUUUCUUUGAUGAUUAAUAUCUAUUUGACUCCAUUAAAUGUAGGAGCCAUGUGUCGACGAUUGUGGAUGUACCCGAUACAGUUAUAGGUUGGUUCCUAUAUAAGCAAUGUGUCAUUUAUACAUUAUUUCAGCGUGAAUUACUUGUUCCUGUUUAUUAGUUAUGUAUGUGGCUUGGUGCAAAAGCUUAUUUGUAUCAUAGUAAGUAGGCAAUGAUCACAUUUUAUAUUAAGCAGCAUCAUUUAUCUCAGUGUUGUUAUACAUUUAUUAUUUAUGUAUUUUGCCAGUUUUUCAACUGUGGUGAUUGCAUCUUUUGUAAAGGAAUAAACGUUAAAAACUGUU